AGAAGCCUCCAAAGAGCCGAGUGGGACGCAGCGUGGAGCCGGAGUGGAUUUAACUAGGGCCCCUGCAUGGAGACACUGUGAGCGCCUUCUGUUCUGCUGGACACCGACUGGCGGCUGUGAUGGAACUGAAUCUAUCCAAGAAUGGGAUUUCACACGCAGACUCAGGUGGGAUGAAUUUGGACAGAAUCUCUGAGGCAGUGAGGCCACCGCCGUCCCGCGACGUGGCCCCCGCGUUUCAUUUACCCAGAACUUCCACCAGCAGCAGUCGAGGAACGUUAGAGAACUCGAGCAGCGAAUCUUCCGACACAGAGCUGGCAGAGAAGGAGCGCAGCGCCGAACAGAGGAGCGAUGACGGAAACGUGGACGAUCCGAAGAAGAAGAAGCAGCGGCGGCAGCGGACUCACUUCACCAGCCAACAGCUGCAGGAGCUGGAGGCCACUUUCCAGAGGAACCGCUACCCGGACAUGAGCACCAGGGAGGAGAUCGCCGUCUGGACCAACCUGACCGAGGCCCGAGUCCGGGUGUGGUUCAAGAACCGACGCGCCAAAUGGAGGAAGCGUGAGCGGAACCAGCAGAUGGACUUGUGUAAGAACAGCUACCUGCCUCAGUUCAGCGGCCUCAUGCAGCCGUACGACGACAUGUACCCGGCCUACACCUACAACAACUGGACCAACAAGGCUCUGACCCCGGCGCCGCUCUCCACCAAGAACUUCACCUUCUUCAACUCCAUGAGCCCCCUGACCUCCCAGUCCAUGUUCUCAGCCCCGAACUCCAUCUCCUCCAUGACCAUGGCCUCGGGCAUGGGGCACUCGGCGGUGCCAGGGAUGCCAACGCCAGGUCUCAACAACAUCAGCAACCUGAACGGUAUCGGCACGUCCGGCAUCAACUCGGCCAUGUCGACCCCGGCGUGUCCGUACGGGCCCCCGGGCUCUCCGUACAGCGUGUACCGGGACACUUGCAACUCCAGUUUGGCCACGCUCAGACUCAAAUCCAAACAGCACCCCACUUUUGGAUACAGCGGCCUGCAGAGCCCCGGGUCCAGCCUGAACGCCUGCCAGUACAACAGCUGACGGGCCAAACGUCCACCUGAGUCUCUCCACACGUACAGACUUCAGAUUCAAAGACGACUGGAUUAGUUGCAAUCUUAUAGAGGAUUAUGCGGGUUUUCUGUUGACCUUUGAACUUGCACAGCAAUUGUCCAGGUUUGGGGAUUUGUGUUUUUGUCGAUGAAGACGUGUUACAUUGCUGCGUUGUACAUACACAAAUGUAAAUAUAUACAAGUCUAACAUAUGAACAGACGAUGGGAUUUUUGUUGUUGUUGUUGUGCAUUUGACGACCAAAUCAGUUUAAUGAACUUGACGGAAAAAAAGAAGAAAAAAAAAAACAUAAAAUAUAACUGUAGAUAUUUUACUGCUUCUGUGUGUUUUGUUAUUAUCAUACGGAAUUCACUUGAGACAAAAAUCUGCUCUGUUGCAAGAUAAUUAUUAAAAAUAAAUAUUUACCCACAAAACCACAAAGAGCACUGAUUCUUAAAGCCAGACAGAAAGACCACUCAAAUAUAAGCAAAACAUUCUUCAGUUAUUAAAUAUAUUAAAAGCUAUUUAAUAAAGAUAAAAUUAAAACAAAUAGAAAGUGAUUCAUCACUUAAAUGAUAAAAUGACAGUUUUUGUAAAUCAUUAUUUCCCCCAAAACAUAUGUCUAAAAAUAUGCUUAAAAUAAUUAAAAAAAAUGUUUUGAAAACUGGAUACAUUUUUAGCAACAAAAAUAACAUACAUUUUGCAAUUAUAUUUUCUUCUUGUGUUGUUCUCAAAAUGAUGCCACGAUGAAAAAAAUUAACUACAAUCAUGUGCUCAUUAUCUUAGCUAUAACUUGAAUAUAAGUACAUGAAUAUUAGUAUACUGCUGAUUAACGCAGUCACUUUCCCAGACAUUCAUAUCAUAUAUAUAUAUUCAAUAUACAAAGAUCUAAAACAUCAAAUGACAUUCCUCCACUAACUACGAACAGAACAUGGUGACUUCAUCUGACCGGGAAAAAGAAAAUCUUUGCUUCCUUGUUCUCCACUCUGGUCAGGGAAUGUCUCCUGAAGCAGAUUAUUUUCUGAAGUGAAUCAGUUAUUUCUGUCGUCACAAGAGCUGAAGAUGUCGGUUGGCUGAUGCAUACAUACAUCUAAUCUAUCUGGAAACGAAGUAGUGCCGCAUGUUUAAGUGUUUUGUACAGAAGUGUAAGAUUCCGAAAUCCUCUCGGCUGUAAACAAGAAUCGCUCCUUGUGUUUAUUGGUUUCAUAUUUGUUUGAAUAAAG